AGAUCUUUCAACAAAAUCUCAUCGAUUCUUCAAGAUCUACAGUAUAUAUUUUAAAAUCUUGCACGAAGUAAUGGAAUCAUUCACUUUUAUGGAAGCAGAAGCUUUAAGUCAAGAAGCUGACAACAAAGAGAAUUCUGAAUCAAUGCAAGUCAACUCAUCUGCAUGUGAAAUCUGCUCGCCAUCAUUAAGAAUUGAAUAUACGAAUCAAGAGCCAGCUGAAGAAAUGCAAGAUGCUGUGACAUCUAGACAAUCUCGUAGUUCUACAAGACCACGAAAUACAAUUACAUUUUCUGAUGAACUGUUCGUAAUGCCAGCACCACCCAAAAGAAGUCGAUCAACAAAAAAAAGUCGUGGAUCAUCUCAUGGUCGAGCAGCUUCUGGAAGUCGUAAAAGCCCAAAAUCAAACAGCCGUCAACGAAAUCGUUCUCGUUCAAAAAGUGCAUCUAAGCGCUUGACAAGCAGUCGUGGUAGACGUUCAUAGGCUGUUGAAAAUUGUAGCAUUUUUCGG